AUGGCUCGCAUGCUCGCUGUGGCCUUCCUUGCUGCGUUCCUCCUGGCCACGCCCGCCCUUGCAGCCCGUGAUCUCAAGCAGCUGGGCGCCGUCACCGGUCUGCUUGGCACUGCCGGCGGCUUGCCCGUUGUCGGCACCGCCGCUGGCACUGCGGGUGGUCUUGUGAGCACCGCGGGCGGCGUUGUCAACACCGCCACGGGUGUUGUUCGCAGCCUGCCCGUUGUUGGCUCCGCCGCGAACACCGCCGUCAACACCGUCACGGGCGCCGCGGGCAACCCCACUGGCACCGUUGGCAGCGUUGCCGGCACCGCCGUCGGCACCAUCACCGGCGUUGCCGGCAGCCUGCCCGUCGUCGGUCCCGUCGCCGGCCCCGCCGCCACCACCGCCCUUAACACCGUCACGGGCGCCGCGGGCAACCCCACUGGCACCGUUGGCAGCGUCGUCGGCACCGUUGGCAGCGUCGCCAGCACCGCCGCCGGCACCGUCACCGGCGUUGCCGGUAGCCUGCCCGUUGUCGGUCCCGUCGCCGGCCCCGCCGCCACCACCGCCCUCAACACCGUCGCGGGCGUCGCGGGCAACCCCACUGGCACCGCCAGCGGCGUCGCCGGCACCGCUGCCGGCCUCGUGGGUGGCCUGCCUGUGGUCGGCCCUGUCGCCACCCCCGUCCUGAACACGGUCACCGGCACCGUGCGCAACCCCGUUGGCACUGCCGGCACUGCCACCGGCCUUGUUGGCGGCCUGACCGGCCGCCUGCUGGGUUGA